GAGCAUCGGACCGCCACUUCCACGUGGUGCUCGCCCAUCUCGCUGUUUGACGAGGCUGCCCGCCAGAAGGCGUCACAAGGCGGGAUCCCCGAAUGGGCCAUUCGCACGGUGCUAAAGGCGCGGCGUCUUGUGGACCAGGCAUCUGGCCUUGGUGACCUCACGGAUGUCUACGAGGCACAGAUCGUGACUGCUAAGCGAGAGAAGCGCGGCAUUGCCAGGGCGCCGCU